GUUGCGCGCCGGCUGCCACUCGCGCCUCGCCAAGCUUCGUCGACGUUCCGCGUCGCGAUUCGGAAACCGGCGCGAGUGUCGAGAACUUGAUUAGCUCGGCUUUCGCAACCGUAACUCUCAGCUGGCCUGCGGCUAUCUCGCUGCGCGUCGAGUUCUGCGCGUUUCAGCUGGUCAUUCGAAAGCUGUUGCGUCCUUAUUUAGAAAAAGCAAAGACAGACAAGUCGCUUCUAGUUGUCGGAACUUUGGUUAUAUCGUAUAAACUCUCGGUGAGCUACUUUCGGUGAGGACUAAAAUAUUGAGAAAAGCCAAUUUCAAUGCGAAGUAAUUAGCUGCUGUUCGCCUGAAUACGCAGAAUUUUGCGCAGUUAUUUACAAUUUUACGUUAGUCUCGUUGUUCGACUUUCUUGCACUCGUGUCCCUGUUACGUUUAAUAUGCGCCGCUUGAAAACUAGCGGUCCACCUGAAGAAACCAUUUGGACUGCAACAAACUGGGAAAAGCCGACGUCGCUAAGUCAAACAAGGAUAAUGCCAAAGGGUGUGCGUAUUUGGAAAACAAUGGAUGUACUUUUAUCGGCGGCCACAUUUUGCUGUCUCCUGCUACUUCUUGGGCCAACUGCGGUUGGUGGCAAUACUGCCAAGACUGCCAACGCCAUCCUGGAGAUCACCGCAGUAGUGGGAGGCGAUGCCUGGCUACCCUGCAACGUCACGCCGGCGGCCGGUAAAGAGCGUCCUGUGGCGCUGGUCCUUUGGUACAAGGACAACGCAUCGACGCCCGUCUACACGGUGGACGCGAGGUGGGGAAGCCUCUUGCAGGGAGCGCGACACUUUCCCGGGGAGGAGGAGCUGGCAGACAGGCUUACCUUCGAGGGAGCCCACCAGCCGGCGCUGCUUCGCGUGUCGCACGUCGAGCCCGCGGACGCCGGCGUGUACCGGUGCCGCGUGGACUACCGCCAGGCGCGCACCGAGGUCACGCUGUCCCUGCUGCACGUCAUUGUGCCUCCACGAACCGUGAUAGUGUUGGACGAGCACGGCCAGAGACAAGUGGACAUCCUUGGCCCGUACAACGAAGGAGCAACUGUGAUGCUCGUCUGUGAAGUUGAAGGCGGCGAUCCUCCCCCCGAAGCGCUUUGGUUCCGGGACGGUGAACUGGUGGAUACCAGCUUUUCGGUGCUGCGACCACAGGGCGUGGUUCGCAACGAGCUGCGCCUGGGUCCAUUACGGCGCCGGGACCUUCUCGCCGAGGUUGUGUGCAGUGCUUCGAACACCAACCUCACGGAACCACUAACGAGUAGCCUCAGACUUGACUUGAAUCUAAAGCCGACCGAGGUGAAGGUUACACUGCCGGCGCUGUCCCUGUCCACGUCCGGUGACGCCGCCCUGGUGGCCGACGAGGUGGCCGAGGCCCAGUGCCUUGCCGUGGGAGCGCGGCCACUGGCACAGGUCGCCUGGUUCAAAGGUGGCCAAAGGCUGCUGCACGACCGCAUCGUGUCGCAGGAGGCCGGCUCGACGCUGAGCGCCAUUAGCUUCGUGGUGCGCGCCGAAGACCACGGCGCCAAGCUGACGUGCCGCGCCGACAAUCCAAGCCUGCCUGGCAGCGAGACCAGCGACUCACUCCUUCUCGGCGUCCAGUAUCCGCCAAGGAUGUCACUAACUUCCUCUGAUCGUCGGCCACGUGAGGGCGACAACGUGACUCUGCGAUGCGACUGGAGCGCUAACCCCGCUGUAACCGCCAUCUGGUGGCGUCAAGACGGCCGCCUAUUGGAGUGGCGCGACGAGUUCGUCGACCUGGUGAAUGUAACAAGGGCGCAGUCUGGCCUGUACGAGUGCCUGGCCUCGAACCGCCUGGGCGAGGGAUAUAGCAACCAAAUCCGCCUGUCCGUAUUGUUCGCUCCCGAGUGCGCCGAUGGCCAGCGGGAGGAGUACGCCGCGUCGCCAGAGCUCCGCGUCGCUUGCGAGGUUCGCGCCAACCCGAGCGACGAGCUGCACUUCGAGUGGCUGGCCAACACCACGAAGCGUGCGGGCCGCAUCAACAGCCUGGCGGUGAACGGAACCCGGGCCCUCGCGCGGGCUGUCGCCAGCAGGGAGCUGGAGUACGGCCUGCUCCUCUGCUGGGCAUCAAACAGCGUGGGAAAGCAGCGCGAUCCGUGCAUCUUCCGCAUCGUGCCGCCCGCACACCCUGGUGACCCUCACAACUGCACCGUUGCCAGGAAAGGUCCCGACAGCGUUGCGGUCAGGUGUCGUCCAGGCCCCACGGGCGGUCUGCCAGUGACUUUCAUCGCAGAGCUGCUCUCUGGAAGAGCCUCGUCGCCCUCUCAACUGCUGUCGCUGAGAAAUGCGAGCAGCACCAGGUGGCCAGAGUUCAACUUUGCGGGGCUGCAGCUAGGAAGAGUGUACCUCGUUCGCGUCUACGCCUCCAACGCUCACGGACGCAGCGGCGUUAUGGAGGUGCGAUUCUCUGCGGGCCGACGACUGCUGCACGAGGCUGAGCCUGCGGCAACCAUUGAUGGCAACGCAACCAGCCUGCCAGGGCACGUUCUCGCUUUUCUCGCAACGAUAGUGGUGGCCCUGGCAUGCGCCGCAGUCUGCCUCGCCGUUGCCAAAUAUCGAAAGCACAGGAGAAAGCGAAAAGCAGGCAUGAAAGAAUCCAUCCAGCUUCAAAAGUCUUCCCCGCAGAAAGGCUUGUGCGAGUGUGGCUCUGGUGACGUGGUCUACCAGUCACCUGAUCUCAUCGCGAGCAAGUGCGGAAUGUCAGGUCAAGCCGACAUCACCGCAGUGGCGCCCGUUCUUCACAGCAAAUCAACGGGCGACAACGGGUUGGAUCCGUGCUACCAUGAGACCGGGGUUAUCACGGUAUCCCUGUCGCCGACAGUACAAAUAAAGCAGUAGCAGACCGCGAGCGGCUGAAAGCGAAGCAGGCCUGGAGCGGACACCGGCAGCGUUAAUACCUGUCAGCUUCAGGAUGGAAAACGGGCUUCCACGCUGAUACUCGUGUCCCCGAUAACGAUGACAUUGCACGAGGCCAGAUCCGCCACUCAUUGACCAAGUACUGCUCACAUCACAAGAGCCUUCGUCCUCCGGAAAUGCAUCCUGCGAAGUUGCCUUCCGUACAUCUAACCCACCACUGACACAGAGUACGUCCGUGCUACCGGAGCAUUUCACACGACGCUUCUGCAGACACAAGUAAAAAUAAUAAAACACGCUGGUGUCCAAGACGGUUGAUGUUCCAAUUACUGGCCGUAAGUAUGAAGACGCGUGAGGCACGUUCAUUAGACGCGACCGGGACGUUCAGCGCACAGAUUAGCCGUAACGUUUUUCGGUGUCAGCACGUUCAUCUUUCGAUGUUCUAUGGGUUCGCCUUAAUUGCGCCCGAAGCACGCUAUUUAUGGCUAUGGAAUGAAGUGGGCUCCUUACGGUCCGCAUUUCGGCCAUGAUAAUCAGUACCGCGCUGCACUGUAUGAACGCACAGUGGCAGUGCCGCGCUGCGUCAGAAAUAAGUCGUAAAUAAGUAUCUUAGGGUUGUCGCUUUAUGGGAAAGUUUACAGAUCUUGAUUCCAGUCCCUCAACGGACCGUCAAUUGUGAGGCUGGUUGUCAUAUGUAAGCAAAUGUUCGUACUGGACGAGAAGUAAAAAACAAAUAUGUAGAAACAUUGAGCGUGAAAACGACGUGAGUGAUAUACAUGUGCCGGAACCCGCUGUCUUUGUAACCGUUGUUUUCUUUGUCUAGUCAUUCCUAUUUUUCGACAGAACAUGCGAUAUCCUCCCAUAUGUGAAGUAGCAGUUCUUCAUAUUUUUGUUAAUAAAUAUCUUCUUCCACGCUUUUUA